AUAAAUCAAUUUAAAAAAUCUUUUUAAUUAUAAAAAAAAAAAAAAAAAAACAGAUUGAAGUUAUAAAGUGUAAAGAAUAAUAAUUAAUAUUAUUGAUUUUUUUAUAAUAAAAAAUGUCACAACCUGAUUACGAACAAACGACACAUGAUCAUGCAGCAUUAUUAGUUCUUUUAAAAGUGCUAGGAAGUCAAAUAAAACCAAAAUUAAUAACAAAAUUAUGUGAUCGAAUUAUAAAAAGUGGUAGUAAAUUUAAUUUAGUAGAUUCCAAUGGAUACAAAAGAGAAAUUUUUAUUCGUUUUGUUCGAGAUUAUUCAGUUGAAAAUUGUGAUUGGGGUAAUUUUCAAACCCAUAGAAGAUUAUUAGGUUUGAUAACAUUUGGUAAAUAUGAAAAUCAAACUGAAUUAAAUGAAUUGUGCAGGUUGCAUGAAACAUUAAAAGUUAAAUAUAAUGAUACUCUCUACGAAUCACGAGCUAUUUUAUUUGGUCCAAUUGAUUCGGAGAAAAUUAAUGAACCACCUUCUGGCUAUACAGUUCCGUCAAAUUUCAAGACAGUUGCUAUAUUUUAUGGAGAUGAAUCUUGUCCAACACUUGAGAAUCAAGUUAUGGAAUGUUUGUACAUGCUUUAUUGGGUUUUGGAAUCUAAAAGGUAUGAGAGGGCUAAGGAAAAAAUUGAUAAAGUUUCAGAACUCAGAGCACCUUUCGAAAAAAAAGAAUUAAUUGGUUUAGAUUUGGAGUCAAGAAAUAAUAGAAAACGAUGCUCAGGGAGAUUGACAAAACAUUUAGCUGAUCUCUGUUUGCAAACAGGACUUAAAGCAGAUGCUUUAAAUUAUUACAAUAUUGCAAGUAUAAGCUUGCAAUCAGUUAAUGAUUGGUUAUGGUUAGGUGCAGCUUACGAGGGUCUUUGUGCCACUUCAGCAUUAAUAUUGUAUCCAAAUUUAUGCAGAAAUUUAAUUCUACAUAGAAACUCAUUAUUACAAGAAACAAAUUCAGGGAAACAAAGACGAGAAUCUCAAUCGAUACCGUCUUCAAGUGAAUUUCCAUCUAUUGAUGAAUUAAAAAUACAUAUGACUCAUUUAUUAUCACCCGAAGAGAUACCAAAAAAAUAUAGAGAAGCAAUUGUACAUUAUAGUAAAUAUCAAAAUGCUGCCAUAAUAGAAACAGAAGCAAGUUUUAAAGCCACGAGAAUAUCAAUUGAACAAAAUUGUCCAUUACAAGCAGCAUGUUUUUUAAAUAAUGUUGCGUUUAAUCAUAUUAAUUUGAGUGAACAAGAAAAAAUAGAUAGAUUUACAAAGAUGUCUGAGUUAUAUUCAUCAUUUGGAUUUAAAAGGAAGGCUGCUUUUUGUAUCAGAUUAGCAGCAACUCGAUAUGGUUCACAAAGUAAUCCCCAUCGGGAUUGGAAGCAGUGUUAUAAUUUAUUACUUCAAUCUAUAGAUGGUUUUAAACUAUCAUUGGACCCAAUAGAUAUGACUGAUGAAAAUAGAAAAGGUUGGCCUGCGAUUCAGAUUCAAGUUUUAAAUGAAUUAAUAGCAGCAGCCACUAGAAUGGGUAAUCCAGCAUUAGCUACAAGACAUAUGACUUUUUUAUUACAAACUUUAUUUAAUUAUUUGAGUCCUAAUGAACGAAAAGAUAUUGCUUUACAAUUGCAAGGUGUUGCUCAACAAUGUGAAGGUGCCCCUGUUCCUCUAGUACUAGAAUCUGGACUUGUAAUUCCUCCGGCUAAUUUAACAAACAUUCCAAAGACGAAAUCUUUUACUUUAAAACGUCUCCAACCACAUUUAGAACCUCAAAAAAUUGAACGAGCUAAAGAAGAUCAUGGCCCUUUUUUAUUUACUCCUAUUAAUUUUGGAUCUCUUGAGAGAAAAAAUGUAUCCAAAAGUAAAGUUGAUUAUUUAUGGGUUGAAGGAGAUAUAUGUCAAGUAUCAAUACAGUUAAUUAAUCCUCUUCCAUUUGAGCUCAAUGUCUCUAAUAUGCGUCUUUUGACUAAUGGGAUAGUUUUUGAAUCACUUCCAGAAAGUAUUAUACUACCUGCAAAAGCAGGACCGAUAGUGGUGACAUUAGCAGGAACGCCAAAAGAAAUUGGAACAUUAGAAAUUCUAGGAUUUAGUACACAUUGUCUUGGAGUUAAAUCCAAUUGUAGAUUAAAAAAUAUUCCAGGUAUGCCUUAUCCCCAGUAUUCAAUUCAAGUUGUGCCAGCUUUACCAAAAAUUGAUGUAGUAACAAGUUUACCACAAACGGCAAGUUUUAGUUCUGGAAAAACUAUUGUUACUAGUGCUAGUACAUCUCUGUAUGGUGGUGAAAGUACUGAAUGUACAAUAACUAUAACGAAUGUAGGACAAGUCACUAUUGAAAUGGUUGAUAUAUCAAUAAAAUCAACACUAGAUACUUUUACCGAGUCAAAAAUUUUCAAAUGGAGUGAUGAGAAUCUAAAGACUCAACUUCCUCUUCAACCUGGUUCCAGUGCUAGUCUCACUUUAUAUCUUUAUGCUGAUACAGAGUUUAUAGUGACAAAUAAACCUAAUAAAAUUAACAAUAAAAAUGUAUCUAGUAAAACUAACAGUAAUUUAGUGACACAUAGUGGAUCAAAAUCGUGGCCAUCAAGACUUCAUUCUACAUUUAAUUCACAAAAGAAGCAAUCUACUGGAUAUUCAUUACCGUCAGCAUUAAGUUCAAAUUCUAAUACCUCAACAAAUGCUCAAUUAUCCAAAUUAGCUUCACCUGUUGCUACGUCAAGUAUCAUCGAAGGUCAGCUUCAUAUUAAAUAUUCUGGAGAUGCUGGUCUUGUUGCAGGAUACUGCAGAAUAUCAUCAGUGUUUAUUACUAUAGAAAUUUUACCCAGCGUUAAAUUCACUAGUUGGGAUGUCUUGCCAGCUGAAAUACCUUCACAACUUUAUCUAGUUUUAGAUGUAACGAAUAUGACAAAUGAAGAAAUGGAAUUGUAUUAUACACAGAAUAAAUGUAUCUUUAUGGGAGGCAAAGAGACUUGUCGAAUUCCGGUUCCCGUGGAUCGAUGUCCAUUAAGUAAAUUAUCAUCAAUAGAAGGGGAUGAUGUUGACAAUAAUUUACAAAAAAUUUGUGCAGAACAUAUUGUGUCAUUAGUGGAUUUAAGAUGGCAAUUGUUAGGUUCUGAGUUAUCUGGAAAAGCUACAUUAGCUGGAAUUACAUUUACAAAAGAUAUGCUUGAUCUAGUCAAAAUGAGUCCAUUACAAUGGGAAAUUUUAAUUAAUGAACAUCCCGUAAAACCGCAAGAUGAAAUAACAUGUAAAAUAGGACAAUGUGUUAAUAUUGGAGUUGGUUUAUCAAAUGCCUUGAAAAAUCCUCUGAGUGAUCUUAGCUUAUCUAUAAAUUUUUAUCAAGAUUACCAAAAUGGAACGGUUAACUACAGACUAGAUUCUAGAUUGUGCAUUAUUGGUGCUAGUAAAGUAUUGCUUCCAACGUUAAAUGAAGGUGAACGUGCUUAUCACGAAUGGAAUGUUAUAUUUUUCAAUGCUGGACAGUACAAAUUAGAUAUUCAAUGUUCUAGUGAAAAGUUAACUAAAAGUUCAAUUAGUACUAUAACAAAUGUUAUGAACAAAGAUGAAGUAUGGCGUUAUAUACCAGCUAUUGAAAUUACGGUUGAUGACUGCUGAUAUUUGUAUAAUAAAUUUUUUGUAUGUAUGUAUAAUAAAUUAUUUGAAUUAUUAUUUUUA